CCCAAUUAAUUUUUUUUUGAUUUUUAGUAUAAAUAGGGCUGUAUAAUUUCCUGUAUUUUUCCUUUUCAUUAUUAUAUCAUUUUUUAAACAUCUAUCUCAUUUUUUCCCCUCAUCAUCACACAGUCAUCAAUUAUACAUAUUUACACAACAUGCCUGCAGGAUUCGUAUUAGUCUCAAGCUCUGGAAAAAAAAUCUCUCUUGAACAUGCCUCUCACCCAUGCCCACGAUGCAAAAACCAAAACUCUGUACAAUUGACUCGAUCAGAAAAAUCGCUGAUUGUAUUAAAUAAACGUAUCACCGAUAACUCAACAGUUAGAUACGAAUGCUCACAAUGUAAAUGGAAGAAUCAAAUGUUACCUUAUGAUGGUAGAGAAUCAGCUGAACUCGAUCGAUACUUAUCAGAGAAUUCCGACGACUUUUAUUUCGGAGAAGCCUCUACUCCUCCCUCUUCUUAGAGUGUCCUCUCCUUCCUUGGUAAAUUUCAAAAAACGAGGUUUUAACCCCUUUGUAUACACUAUCAUUGCAUUUUUUCCCACCCUAAAGAUUUAUCAUUACCUCCCCUUUCUCUUAUCAACAUAAUACUCUUAACAUAGAAUCACAUUUAAUAAUAUUACGCCAUAUCAUAAUUUUAAUAAUAACUCAAGCAUAUACCUUUUUUAAUAAAACAAGUAAAAAAUAUGAUCCAAC